CACUCAUUAUCGGCAUCAGAAAGGGAGAAAGACACACCAUUCGUCGGGGAUCUUAUCUCACAGGAACGCUUACUGAAGACACACUCACUGGAACGGACGACGCGCCCAAGGGGGUGACGCCACAAACACGAAGCACCAUGCCAGCCUUCACCGUCCUAAGCGGCGGCAUCCAGACACGUCGCGCGCGCGUCGUAUUCAUUGCCCUUCUCAUCAUCAUCUUUGUGCUCUUCCUCAACAACUCUGGUCUUGCAGGCGGCGGUAGCUACCUCGACUCGGCGCGAUCAGCAGCAGCCGGCGUCGCGAACAAUGGCAAAUCAUCCACCACCGCCGGCGGUGAUGCCGGCAAGCACCCACUCGGAAACCAGGACAAGGACAAGGAACUCCCAGUAGCACACGGCGAACCCGAUGCCGCCGCUGACAAGCUGAAGGCCGACGCCGAGGAGGGCCAGGACUCGUACCGCAACAAGGACGAUGAGCUAGCCAAGCAGCCGCCCACGGACGCCGGCCGACCCGGGGAUCCGAAACCCAGCGCUCCCGCGUCGUCGCCGAUGCCGACGACACCGCCGCCCGCAGCGGACUGCGAGUCCUUUGAGAACUGGAUGCGCUCGCGGCCCGGCCCGGCGUCCGAGGGCAAGCGCAAGUUCCCGCUCAACCGGCCCCGGCCGGAAUGUCGCACGUUCCGCCUCCCCGCCAUGGACAACCUCAUCAUCCGCAUGAAGGGUGUCAUCAAGGACCCGGACCUGUACCGCCUCUUUGAGAACGCGUAUCCCAUGACGCUCGACAGCAUGGUCAAGUGGAGGGGGUACGCCAACGAGACAGACAAGGCCACGGGCGAAUCCAGGGCAACGGACCAGGAGCUCACGUAUGUCAUCACCGGCGAUAUUGACGCCCUCUGGCUGCGCGACUCGGCCGAGCAAAUCAGCCCUUACCUGCCUCUCCUCGAGGCCUCGCGUGACCCAAACUCCCUCGCCAGUCUCUGGCGCGGCCUCAUCAACGCCCACGCGCGCUACGUCAUCAUCUCGCCGUACUGCCACAGCUUCCAGCCGCCGCCCGAGAGCGGUAUCCCGCCGACGCACAAUGGCGCGUACGUGCACAACCACCCCAUGCCGGCGUACGAUCCGGAAAAGGUGUUCGACUGCAAGUGGGAGCUCGACUCCCUCGCCUCGUUUCUGAAAAUGUCCGUCUCGUAUGCGGAGAAGACGGGCGACUGGCAACACUUUAACAAGUACCACUGGGUCGACGCCGUCGAGGCCGCCGUCAACGCCGCGGGCGCGAUGCGGCUGGGUACCUACUCACCCGAGGGUAAGGUAGAAAAGUCGGCUUGGACGUUUACGGGGUGGACAAACCGCGGCAGCGAGACGCUGACCAACGACGGCCUGGGGAACCCGAUCAAGGAAAACGGCAUGAUUCGCACGGCGUUCCGCCCUUCGGAUGACGCCUGUAUCUUCCAGUUCCUGGUGCCAGCCAACAUGAUGUGGGCAAAGUAUCUCGAGUCCGCGUCCGAGAUCAUGGCCAAGCUUGACGGCGAAAAAGCCAAGAAGCUGACGAUUGAGAUGCGCGCGCAGGCCUUUGGGAUCCGACAGGGCAUCGAAAAGGACGCCAUUGUCCACCGGCCCGGGUUCGGUGAUAUUUUCGCAUACGAGGUGGACGGCUACGGCGGCGCGAACUUGAUGGAUGACGCCAACGUACCGUCUCUCCUCGCCAUGCCUCUUUGGAACUUCACGCACUCCAACUUCAAGUAUCCGGAUCCGCCCAAGGGCGAGAAGCUGCACGACUACACCGAGGUGUACCGCAACACGCGCAAGUACGUCCUCAGCGACGCGAACUCGUACUACAUGAAGGGCCCCGCCAUCUCCGCCGUUGGCGGGCCACACGUGGGACCUGGUAAAGCGUGGCCUAUGGCGGCCGUCAUUGCUGCUAUCACGGCAUACGAUCCGAUUUCCGGCAGCAAGGACGUAGAGAAGGAUGUCGAGGAGCAGUUGCGGAUGGUGCUGGAUUCGACGGCCGGCUCGGGCGUUUUGCACGAGAGCGUGAACAGCUGGGACGAGAAGGACUGGACGAGGGCGUGGUUUGGGUGGGCGAACGGGUUGCUUGGAGAGUUGGUGUUGAAGAUGGAAGAGGAGGAGAAGAAGAAGGGCGGCGGUGGUGGGUUAUUGGGUAAGAGUUGGCAGGGUUCUUCGGGAGCUGCCCCCGCUGCGCCGUAGACGUUUGACGCGUAAUCAAGUAGACUAGAGACAUGUUUUGCUCAAGAGCUGUGUUGCUUCGGGGACUAUGAAACUAGGUGCCGUCUUAUCCGCACUUGGUGAAUGUGAUGUCGCAUAAGGUACUCUAAUAGGAGGGAGUGAGGCAUGUAAGAAGACUCAGGCCACAGAAGUCUCGGUGUAUAUCAGCUCAGUCUGUAGGGAACUCAUUCACUGCCAGCUAUCUGCUGAUGCAUAUCGAAUCGAAAGGAUGCCCAGUUGUUCAGCCAAUGAGGCACGAUAGGGAUGUUUAAACCGUGAUAAUACUAAAAACCAGCAACGUUUGACAGGGGACAGGGAAGGGUUACAAAGCAGAGAGUUUGGGGUAACAGUUGCCAACGGACAUUUAAAGUUUCACUCAUUGGCUUGCCCAAGUGCAACCACGACUAUAAACCAACCAAGAUUUCAUGAUAAAC